UCUAAAUUCUAAAGAACGAAAAAAAAAAGUUUUUCAAUUUCAGAUAAGAUUUAAAAAUAUUAAAAAAAGGUACAAAUAUAACUUUGUAAGAACGUUAUACUUUCAAUAAAUUUUAAAGAAGGAAUUCUGAUAUAACAAUGAGUUAUCAAGAUGAAGAAGAGCAAAUUGGGUAUCAUGUAGAUUCAUUCCCAAAAGAUUUUGGGUAUGGUGCUUUUGAACAUGACAGUGACAGUCAAGGUGGAGGAGAAUCAAAACCAAGAAUACUUUUAAUGGGUUUACGACGUUCAGGAAAAAGUUCUAUUCAAAAAGUUGUAUUCCACAAAAUGUCACCAAAUGAAACUUUAUUUUUGGAAUCGACAAGCAAAAUUGUUAAAGAUGAUAUAAACAAUAGCAGUUUUGUUCAAUUUCAAAUAUGGGAUUUCCCGGGUCAAAUAGAUUUCAUUGAUCCAACUUUUGAUUCGGAUAUGAUAUUUGGUGGUUGUGGGGCUUUAGUAUUUGUAAUUGAUGCAAAAGAUGAUUAUAAUGAGGCAUUGACAAAAUUUAAAAAUACAGUCAUAAAAGCAUAUAAGGUUAAUCCUCGAAUUAAGUUUGAAGUAUUCAUUCAUAAGGUUGAUGGCAUAAGCGAUGAUUCUAAAAUGGAAUCUCAACGCGAUAUACAUCAAAGAGCAACUGAUGAUUUAGUAGAUGCAGGUCUGAAUCAAAUUCAUUUAAGUUUUCAUUUAACUUCCAUAUAUGAUCAUUCAAUUUUUGAAGCGUUCUCUAAGGUAGUUCAGAAACUAAUACCACAGCUUCCGACAUUAGAAAAUCUUUUAAAUAUUUUUAUUUCUAAUUCAGGAAUCGAAAAGGCUUUUCUAUUUGACGUUGUUUCUAAAAUAUACAUUGCUACUGAUUGCUCACCAGUCGAUAUGCAAAGUUAUGAGCUCUGUUGUGAUAUGAUUGACGUUGUUAUUGAUUUGUCAAGUAUUUAUAGUUCAGAAGAAAAUGCUUUUGAUAAUCAAAGUUCUAGUCUAAUUAAGCUAAAUAACAGUACAAUUCUUUACUUACGAGAAGUAAAUAAGUUUCUAGCUCUUGUAUGUAUACUACGAGAAGAUAAUUUUAAUAGACAAGGUGUAAUUGAUUAUAAUUUUCUAUGUUUUCGACAAGCUAUUAGUGAAGUCUUUGAACUUAGGUUGAAAAGUCAAAAAUUAGAGACCUUAAAUGAAAAUGAUGAAGAUUGCUUAGAAUAUGAAAAUCAACGAUUAACAAACGGGGAUUCAAUUGAUUCAGCGAACAAUUCAAUCAAUGCUUAACUGUACAAUUUAUAUGUAAUCAUCAUUAAUAAUAAAAAAUCUUUAUACUUAUAAACUACAUACAUACUUAUGUAUGCAUGUAUGUAAACAUAAAUUCCAUACAUACUUAUGUAUGUAUGUAAUUUUCAUUUGAUAAAUCUAAAUGAAAUUUCCUUUUUUAAAUAUUGCAAAAUAAAUAUUUUGAUAUA